AUGGCCGCACGGGUGGUGUGCGGGGACCAGGGGUGCCGCGUCCUGAGCCCAUCGGUGAGGCUGCAGCCCUGCGGUGCCGCGCUGCGCCGUGCCACGCUGUGCCACGUCACGCCGUGCCGUGGUGCCGCACCGUGCCAUGCCAUGCCACGCCGUGCCACGUCACGCCGUGCUGUGGUGCCGCACCGUGCCACGUCACACCGUGCCGUAGUGCCGCACCGUGCCGUGCUGUGCUGUGCCACGCUGUGCCACGUCACGCCAUGCCGUGGUGCCGCACCAUGCCGCGCCGUACCACACUGUGCCACGUCACGUGCCGCACCGUGCCGCGCCGCCCCGCCCAGGGUGAAGAACGUGCUGCUGAAGUCCAACUGCGUCCUGGAGGCCUUCGGCAACGCCAAGACCAACCGCAACGACAACUCCAGCCGCUUCGGCAAGUACAUGGACAUCAACUUCGACUUCAAGGGCGACCCCACCGGCGGCCACAUCCACAACUACCUCCUGGAGAAGUCCCGGAUCCUCCAGCAGCAGCCGGGAGAGAGGAACUUCCACGCCUUCUACCAGGUGAGCCAGGGCCCCGGCCCUCGGGCCGGCGGGGACGCCGCCGCCAGCUACCGGGCGGUGGAGGAGGCGAUGGCCGUGAUCGGCUUCUCCCCGGAGGAGAUGGGCUCCGUGCGCCGGAUCCUGGCCGCCAUCCUGCACCUGGUGAGGCCCCCGCCAGUGCACCAGUAUGUCCCCAGGCAGACCAGUAUGCCUCCCCAUGCACCAGUAUGUCCCCAGACGGACCACUUCGAGCAGUUCUGCAUCAACUACUGCAACGAGAAGCUGCAGCAGCUCUUCAUCGAGCUGAUCCUGCGGCAGGAGCAGGCCGAGUACCAGCGGGAGGGCAUCGCCUGGCAGAGCUGGGGACAGGGUCGGGGGGAUUCGGUGUCCAUGAGCACUGAACCCCACAGCCCCCUGGCCUCCACGAGUGCCCCCAGGGCCACCGCCAGGGCCACAUGUCACCGCUGCAUGGUCCCCAGCAUGGUGUCCCCCUCCGUCAGGUACUCGGUGGAGGGGUUCCUGGACAAGAACAAGGACACGCUCUUCCAGCCCCACGUCAAUGCCAUCCCCAGCGCGGACCCCGUGCUGCGUGACAUGUGGCCUGACGGUGAGCAGAGCAUCACCGAGGUCACCAAGCGCCCGCUGACCACUGGCACGCUCUUCAAGAACUCCAUCGUGGCCCUGGUGGAGAACCUCGCCUCCAAGGAGCCCUACUACGUGCGCUGCAUCAAACCCAACGACCAGAAGUCGCCGACGUACAAGAUGACCUGCGAGUACACGUGGCCCAACCACCUGAUGGCCAGCGACCGGGAGGCCACGCAAGCCCUCCUGGAGCAGCACGGCUUCCAGGACGACGUGGCUUACGGCCACACCAAGGUCUUCAUCCGCACGCCCCGCACCCUCUUCUGCCUCGAGCAGGAGCGGGCGCAGCUCAUCCCCAUCAUCGUCCUGCUGCUGCAGAAGGCUGGGCGCGGCGCCCGGGCGCGGCGGCGCUGCCGUUACCUGCGCGCUGCCUACACCAUCAUGGCUUACUACAAGCGGCACAAGGUGAAGGCGUACCUGCGGGAGCUGCUGCGCCGCUUCCAGGCCGUCCGCACCCUCCCCGAUUUCGGCAAAAGCGUGGUUUGGCCGGAGCCGCCGGCGGUGCUGGCGCGCUUCCAGGAUGCCAGCCAGCGCCUCUUCCGCAGGUGGCGAGCGCGGCAGAUCGUCAAGAACAUCCCCCCCUCGGAGAUGGGGCAGAUCCGGGCCAAGGUGGCCGCCAUGGAGGCACUGGCGGGGCUGCGGAAGGAGUGGGGCUGCCAGCGCAGCUGGGUGCGGGAUUACCUCUCCUCGGCGAGCGACCCCCGGGGCCUGCCCUUCCCCUCCCCCCCCCGCCUCCAGACCCUCAAGGACAAGGUGCAUUUCGGCUCCGUCCUCUUCUCCUGCCACGUCCGCAAGAUCAACCGCUUUGGUAAGAGCCGGGACCGGGCCAUCCUGGUGACGGACCAGCACCUCUACAAGCUGGAGCCCCGGCAGCAGUACCGGGUGAUGCGGGCGCUGCCCCUCAGCACCGUGACGGGGCUGAGCGUGACGAGCUGCGGGGCGCAGCUGGUGGUCUUCCACACCCAGAGCCAGGAGGACCUGGCCGUGUGCCUGCACAAGACGCAGCCGGCGGGGGACAACCGGGUGGGCGAGCUGGUGGGCGUCCUCCUGGAGCACUGCCGAGCGACCAAGCGGGAGCUGGGGGUCCGGGUCUCUGACUGCAUCCAGCUGAGCCUACGUGGGCGCCGGCGGCUGCUGACGGUGAGCCGCGAUGGCUUCGUGCUUUACUGGCCUGGGAGAUGA